CUGAGUUUUUUCUCGCUUUACAUCAACGAUCGAUUGGUUGUUGGUGAUGACGGUCGGAGUUUUUUUUUCUUGCGAUUAAGCCAUCAUGCUUUUCUUACUAUGCUUUUGCGUUCAGAAGCUUAUUAAAUACUUUCUUGAGAGGCGGAUUGUAUAUCAGUAGCAGUGACGAGUUGCGGUGGAAAAUUGAUUUCAUGAUCCAUUCAAGAUGCAAACCAAUCGAUACUUUGCAUAAGCACUUUUUGUGGACAAAAUGUAUAAAAACAAUAACAUUUUGAGAAAAAAAAUCGGUCAAAUUCACAUUUCUUCCUUGUUUUUUACAAUUAAAACUUAUAAUUAUAUUUUAAGUGUGAAUCAUUCAAUUUUUACUUGAUUUUCAUCUCAAAAAAUUAAACAAAUUCCGAUUUCAAGUUUACAAACGAUGAUAAAUAUUGAAACCGAUAUAGCGGAAGCUCAAACCGACUUGAACUUUUCUACUAAGUGGAGACGGAAGCUUCACACCACUUGAAAAAUACUGAAAUAUACAGAAAAAUCCAUCAAAAUCGUGUGUUUCGGCUGAGUUUCUUAAUUAAAGUUCAAAUUUUGAAUACAAUUCAUUUGAAUAUUACCGAAAAAAUCUAUUUUUUUCCCCCAAAAACGGUUCAAUUUCUCUUCAAACUGUCCGAAAAUCCAAUGUUGGCAUCAAAAAUAAUCAAACCUUAGCAUUGCACCACAGGAACGCGCUCCAAAAUUCGACACAUUUCCAUUCUCUCUCUCAAUCUCUCUGUAUGUGCAAUUGUUAUGACAAGCGACCAUUGACAGUUGGGUGGAGAGUAGUGCAUAUUUUUUUUAUUAUCAGUCAAAAUGUGCGUAAAAUAAACACCGUGCUAAGCAGUUAUGCUUCCGAAUCGAGAGUGAACAACAACAAAAAACGAAACACCGAAGACACGAAAUGAAAUUUGUAUUGUAAUCACAAUAGCACUCUGUCGUUAAUUUACCAAUUUUGCCAUUACAAUCUAGCUUGGUGUUAUGAUUUGGAUAUUCAAGUUUUUGAUUUUUCUAUUCUAUUAUGUGUUCGUCACCGUUUUCCUCGUUUAUUUGUACGUAAACAAUGCUAUCAAUUUCUUUGAGCUGAAUGUGUUCUCAUCGUCGGCAUCGGCAAUUAAACACAGUUACGAUGUGAUAAUCGUCGGUGGUGGAACUGCCGGGUUAACGAUAGCCGCUGGAUUGAAGGAGAAAAAUGUGUUAAUCAUCGAAGCAGGCGCUGAUUUUCAAUCGCCAAAUGCACCGAUAUCGUCGGCAAUUGGACGAAUCAUUCAUAAUAUUCCAAUAGCAACGCCAUUGUUACAGUUUCAAGAGCUGUUCGAUUGGCAAUACAAAACGCAGCCACAGCAAAAUGCGUGCAAAUCACUCACGAACAAUGUCAGCCAUUGGCCAAUGGGCAAAGGAAUCGGCGGAACACAACUCAUUAAUAACAUGAUCUAUGAACGUGGCCACGAAGAUGAUUUUCGCGAUUGGUUCGAUGCAAACACAGACAAUUACAAUUUUACCAAAGAUAUUUUACCAUUUUAUAGAGAAUUCGAAGAGUUUCUGGAAUUGUCGGAUCUGCGAAGCACAACCAAAGUAGCUGAUGCGUUUGUUCGGUCGGCGCCACAACUGCUCGAUCAAAAUGUCAUUGAAUUUAAAUUGCCAAAGGUCAUUCAAAACAAUGGUAAACGCUGGAGUGUGGUCGAUUCAUAUCAUUCAUGGUUGCACACGAGCCACCAGCACAUGUUGUCCGAUGCGAAAGCCGAGCGAAUUCUGUUCGAUGGCGAUGCUGGUGAUAUAAAGGCAUCGCUAAAAGCGGUUGGAAUUCGAUACCGCAAAUUAGGUCAUCUGUACGAAGUGCGAGCAACAAAAGCUGUGAUAUUAGCCGGUGGAACGAUUGGUACGCCCACGUUACUGUUGAAAUCUGGCAUUGGGCCGGAAAAUCUGUACGCACAAAAUACAAAUAAAACAGCGAAAAAAGACACCACCAAAACCGCGGACGAUCCAUUGAAAUUGAAGCUUCAAAAGCAUUUACCGGCGGUUGGUCAACAUUUGCAGGAUCAUGUGACAACGGGCUUGGAUUUGAUCACAUUGAAUCAAUCACUUGGUUUGGAACCGUGGAAUUUGUACAGUGCACGGCAUUUGUGGGAUUAUUUUUGGAAUGGUAACGGCCCAUUCACGAUGGGCGGCUGUGAGGGGCUUGGAUUUGUCAAGACAAAUUUACAUGAAUCAGGUGCACCUGACUUAGGUUUUAUGCUCAUCCCAAUGGGAUCGACCAUUGAUGCUGGCGUUUACUUUCGCCGACUGUUAAACAUCAACGAACGCACUUGGAAGGAAUAUUUUCAGCCGCUCAUUGCAACACCAACCAUUUCCAUUUUGCCGAUUGUACUGCAUCCAAAAUCGCGUGGUUUCAUUUCCGUUCGAUUGACGCGUGACGAUGAUGUGGAUACAGUGAUCGAACCGCGGUAUUUAUCCCAUCCGUAUGAUAUUGAUGUGUUGGUCAUGGGCUUGAAAAUGAUUCAUAAAAUGAUCAACACGCCCGCAUUCCAAACACUCGGCACAUCGUUAACACAACGACCAUUGCCCGGCUGCAGCCAAUAUCGAUUCACAUCUGACGAAUAUUGGCAGUGCUAUGCACAGCAUUUAACGCUGACCGCCUAUCAUCCGGUCGGCACUUGUCGCAUGGGCACAUCGCAGAACGAUUCCGUCGUCGAUCCAUCCACAUUUCAAGUUCAUGGCGUUGAUCAACUGUACAUUUGCGAUGCAUCCAUUAUGCCAUCGAUGCCAAGUGCCAAUCCACAAUCAACCGUCGGCAUGCUCGCUCGCAAAUUUUUACAUUCAUUUUACGCACAUCAAUCAAAUUCAGGAGACAGCAGCUUGUAAACACCUUUUUAUUUCUUCUAGGGAACCAUAACGACACAAAAGAAAAACCAAAUCGAAACAAGAAUCAAUGUUUAUUUAUUUUAUCCAGUGAAAGAACCGAAAAUAAAUACCAAAUCAUUGUGAUCUGAGCAA